AUGACGGUCUCGUCCAAAGACCAGCUGUUUUUGUAAAGGCUCAUUUAUAAGAAUUCUAUUUCUAUUGCUUUAGAUUUCAUAACCAAACCCUAAAACCCAGUUACUCACCCCGCCCAAGACCGGACGGCGGACGACCCACACCACGUCACCACCCGCCCCACACCGAAAUCCUCGCCGUUGCGAACCCUCACUGAGUUCUCUGUGAGUCUUUGACGCUGUUGGCUGUUCACAAUUAGCAAAUCGCAAGGUCUGAAGGCCACUACAGCUGCUGCCGCCUGCACCCGUGAAGUCAAGCCACCAAGCCUAACGACGGCCAUUGUGACACCACUAGACCAACCCACUUUCAAUUCAAUUGCAGAAGUAUCUCAGGCUAUUACUAAAUGGAGAACAGUGGCCAUGGUGAAAUUCCAGAGAAUGCAAAUGAACACUGCCCAGGGCCUCAAUCUGAAGCAGCAGGAAAAUCAGACGCGUGUGAAGGUUGCCCAAAUCAACAAGUUUGCGCAACUGCUCCAAAAGGACCUGAUCCAGACUUGCUUCCAAUUGCUGAGAGAAUGGCAACCGUAAAGCACAAAAUACUGGUAUUAUCAGGGAAGGGAGGGGUUGGCAAGAGCACUUUUUCUGCUCAACUCUCAUUUGCUUUAGCAGCCAUGGAUUACCAAGUUGGUCUACUAGACAUAGAUAUUUGUGGACCGAGUAUCCCAAAAAUGCUUGGCCUAGAAGGGCAAGAUAUCCAUCAGAGCAAUCUUGGAUGGUCUCCUGUUUACGUCGAAUCAAAUCUCGGCGUCAUGUCUAUUGGUUUUAUGCUUCCUAACCAGGAUGACGCAGUCAUUUGGAGAGGCCCACGUAAGAAUAGUCUCAUCAAGCAGUUUGUAAAAGAUGUUUAUUGGGGAGAACUCGAUUUUCUUGUUGUUGAUGCUCCACCUGGCACCUCAGACGAACACAUUUCUAUAGUUCAAUACCUACAGGAGACUAGCAUUGAUGGUGCAAUAAUCGUCACGACUCCGCAACAAGUCUCUCUAAUCGAUGUACGCAAAGAAAUUAGUUUCUGCAAAAAACUUGGUAUACAAGUCCUUGGGGUGGUCGAGAACAUGAGUGGCCUGUCCCAACCUGUGGGAGAUAUUAAAUUCCUGAAACCGUCAGAGACAGGUGAACAUCAAGACGUCACACAGUGGGCUUUGCAAUAUAUGAGAGAGAACGCGCCAGAGUUACUGAAUUUGGUCGGAUACAGUGAGGUUUUUGACUGUAGCGGUGGUGGCGCCAUGAAGAUGUGUCAGGAAAUGGGAGUCCCUUUUCUUGGCAAAGUGCCGUUGGAUCCUCAAUUAUGCAAGGCAGCCGAAGAAGGUAGGUCAUGUUUCGAAGAUCAGAAAUGCACAGUUAGUGCUCCCGCACUAAAAAGCAUCAUACAAAAACUUGUUCCAAUGAAAGCAGAAGAGAAUGGUGUAUAAUGUCUUCAGUUUGCUGUUUUCUUUACUCUGAUAAGCUAAGUAUAAAAUGUCCACAUAGUUUUAAUUUCAUUUUUCAGUUUUGCUAAUUACAUAGAAACCAUGAUAUUACAGUUUAUAUCAGUAUAUGAUGACGAUGAUGGUUUCACGGAACUCUUCAUUGUACAUUCAGUUUUUGUUGAUAUUUCAAUGUAAGUGGACUUCCUUCUGAAAAUGAUUAUUGUUGGACUUUGAUCUUAAAGAUUUGACUGAUCAAUUACAGUGGAAAACUAUACUUGAAAAUCG